AACUAAAUAAAAAAAGAAUAAAACAUCAAUCAAUUCAUAAUCAAAAGACAGCAUAGCAAAAUUUAUUAUUAACUAAAUUAAGUUAUUGAUCUCCAUACAAAUAUAUAUAUAAAUAAAUAAUUAUAAAAUUUUGAUAUUUUUUAGCAUAGAAUAGCUUCAACUAUGAAUAGAGCAAUAUCUACAUAUGAGCAGUAGAACUCUACUCUGAAUUAGCAUUAGCAAAUAUAAAUAAGUCAAUAAGCCUUACCCUAAAAUCCUUAGCAAUUAUAAUUAAUAUAACAGUAAUAACCUGGUCCGUAAUAGCAAUAAAUUUAUACAUUAUCUCCUACAAAAAAUGUCAGGAUAGAAUAGCAAAAUUCACCUUGCAGAAUUGUUAAUAUUUAGCCUGUAUAACAUAUAUAACAAAUCCAUCCGAUUUCUAAAAAAUAGUUUUAUAUCCCUACUUCUAUUACCCCAAAUAGAUAGAGGAUUGUUACUUAGUAAGUUUAAUCUAACUCCAUUAAUUCAAUUCAAAUUUAAAACUCUGCAUCUAACUAACCUCAAGUCUAACAACAAAAUUAAUAAAUAAGCUUUUAGCAAUAAAAUCCUUCAUAAAUUCAAUAAAACACAUCUUAAAAUAUACAAGCAUCUUCUAAGCCUAUAUCUCAAAUGCCUGAAAAGCACAGAUUGCUAUAGUAGAGCCACAAACAUAAUUUAUCUUAAAAUUAAAAUAGUAACAACAAUAAUAAUACUAAUAACAGCAACAACCAUAACAAUUUAGUAGGAAACGGUCAAAUAUCAAGUCAUUUAAAUGCAUAAACAAAAGCAUAACAAGGUAUACAACCAUCAAGUGCAAAUAUAAAAACAACUAUUCAGAGAGUAAAGAAUAAAAGCGAAAUAAAUCUCCCAUCCGAUUUUUCACAAACUCCAAUUUAGCAUAUUUAAACUCCACAACAAAUGAUAAGCCUUAACAAUAUGUUUAUAUAAAAUAGCAUAACAUCUCCACCUACUCAAAAUAUUUCUGUUAGCUAAAAUCUAUUUCCAAGCAAUAUUGAUUAUGUAGGAACACCAAAUAAUCAGAACAAUGGAUAAGUUAGUUUAUUUAGUGACAAUAAUCCAAGCCAUAGCGCAAGUUUUCCACAUUCAAUUUAGAGUACAAGUAAUAAUUUUAGUGCUCCACAAACUGCUGUGAAAUAGCAUUACCUUAAAAACCAAAAUUAGCAGGAGAGAGAAAAUUCCCCUUACAAAUAUUUGUAAAACUAGCUAAGCACAAACUAGAAAUCACCAAAUUUGUAAAGUACAAACUAGAAAUCACCAAAUAUGUAAAGCACUAACAUCGGGAUUAGCACACAAAAUUCUGGGUAAAUCCCAUUUGUUUUUUCAGAAGAGGCUGCUGUUGGAUCUAUAAAUGUAGGUAAUUCUUCUUCAGCAAAUAGAUAUGUAAAUAAAAUCUAGCAAAGCUCUCCAGAAAGAUUACCUUAAUUUUUCAUAAAGCAGAGUUAUUAAUUAAACAAUGGCAGCUAUUCUAAUGCAUAUACUCCUAAAGGAAAUUCGAGUUCUAUUUCUAAUAUCUCCUAAAUUGGAAUUCCUUAGUAAACUAAGACAAGCACAGAAUUUGCUAGAAGUAGUAGCUGCAAUGAUGUAAGAAAAAGAUCUUAUAGAAAUCCUCCUUUAUAUCAAGAUAAUUAAUUCAUUGCUAGUAAUAAUAGAACUCUGAAUAUUUCUUAAAAUGACAGGGCAGAUGAUAGGAGCUUAGAAAGAACCUAAGGGAUCACCCAUGAUAUUAAUACUACUUAAAAACCUCAUAGUAUGGUUAGCUAAAGUGGCUCCUACAUAAAUUUGCCUAGAACUCCUACUAAAAUUAAUUAAAUUUCUUCUUCUUAAAAUUUUCAAAUAGGUUUACUUAAUAGUAACUCUAAAAAGCUAAGGGAACUUGAAGAGUAGGUGAAAGAGCUUGUUAACGAAAACUCUAAAUUAAGUGAAUUGCUAGAAGAAAAAGGAUACCUGUUACAGCAAAUUUAAGAUGAAUAGCUUGUUCAGAAGCUACUUAUUGAAAAUAACGAGCUAAAAGAAAAGCUUCGUUAGGCAUAAAUGGAAAAUGAUCUCAGUAUUCAAAAUCGAGUUUUGCAUACAGAAAACACUAAUUUAAAUAAAAUUUUAUCAGAGAAAGUCAAAGAAAUUAGAGAACUAAAAGAAAAGCUUUAGUAAAACUCUUAAAGUCAAGAAAGCUAAAGGAAAGUAGAUUAGCUAGAAAGAAAUAUAAAACUUUUAAUUUAGGAAAAUGAGCAUUUAAGUGAUGUUUUAAAGCAGAGGUAGAGUGAAGUGUAAAAGUAGCGAGACGAUAAUUUGGAAAUGUAAAAUAAGGUGAUCAACUUGUAAUCUUAUAUACAAGAACUCUAGGAAUAACAAAGUCGUUAGUAGAGCAUCUCAAAUGAAAAGUUUAAUUCGUUAAAGUCAGAAUAUGAUAAGAUUCAAAAUAAAUUAGCAGAAAAAGAGCAUGAGCUCUAACAAAAAGAGUAGAAUGCUUAAAAGAUCAACAGGGAAGCUGAAGAUCAGAUAACAAAACUAGUAGAUGAGAACGAAAAAUUGAAUGAAAUAAUAAGCUAAUAUAUUAACUCUAGUAAUACAGACUUACUCAAUAGCAUGGCUAUCAACAAAAAUACUAGUAAAUUAAAUAUAGUCAAAGAUGAUGAGGAAAAACUAUAGAUGUUUGAUUCUCUGUAAAACUGCAAUAAAGACUAUGAAGAAAAAAUAAAAAAUUUGAUAGCACAAAACAAAAAUUUAGAAGAAGUAAUUCUAGAUUUAGAAAAAGAUAAAAUAGAAUUAGCUGAAAAUUUACAAUUCAUGGAAGAUAGGCAAAAAGUAAUUGAGAAAUAAAAUGAUGACUUGCAAAUGGAAAUAGAAAAACUCUCCAAAUAAGAAACAGCUUGCACUGAAAUAGCAGAUAAGGUUAAGCUUUUAGAAAGCUAAAACUAGGAUCUUCAUUUACAAAUAGAUUAAAUGAAUUAAGGACUUACAUAGAAAAGUGAAGAAAACUAGCUUAUUGUUUAAUAGAAUGAGAACAACAAAAAUUACUUUGAAUAAAUAAUUUAAGAAAAGAUAGAAUAAAUUAAUAGGUUAAGUCAGCAACUAUAAGAAUAGUCAAACUUUAUCUAAGCCUUGCAAUAGCAAUAACAAAUUCAAUAAAUUCAUGAAAGGGAAGAAGAUGAACAAGAAGAGGAAAAAACAAAAAAAGCUGCUAAUAAAAAAUAGACCUUGCCAAGUUAAAGAUACCAAAGAGAUGAUCAGAUUAGUGAAGAUGAAGAUUAAGAAUAAAUUCAAUAAUAAAAUCAAGAAAAUAAUAUAAAAAGUGCAGAUUCUACCUUUAACCAAUUAAAUGAAGAUAACUAUUUUGAUAAGGAAAGCGAGUAACUAAUAGAGACUCCUUUAGACAGCAACACUUUUGAAUUAACUAAAUUUUAAAAGGAAUUAAAAGAAAAGAAUGAUAUUAUCAAGAAUUUAUGUGAAAACCUAGAUUUUUAAAAAGAAUAAGUUAGUGAAUUAAAUGAGAAAGUUUAAUAAUAAGCUAUAUUCAUUAUAGAUUUGUAAGAAAAGAUCAAGAAAUCUUAAAAUGAAAUUAAUCAGCAAGGAGAAAAAAUAUUAGAGUUACUAUCUAACGCUAGUGAAGACCAAUCAAUAAGCAAAAGUUAAAGAAAAUCUAGAGAAAUAGCAAGUUAGCAAAAUGAUCAAGAAUUAUUAUAGCAGUAAUUAGAAUAUAAAGACCACGCUAUUCAAGAAUACAUUCUUGUCAUAAGAGAAUUAGACGAUAAAAUUAUUAACCUUUAAAAAUUACUGAAGGAAUUAAAGCCAGAUUUGUAACUAGAUAACAGCUUUUACAUAGAAAGAUUGGAAAGCCUAAAUUUGUUAUCACCUAAUAUCUCAAACAACCUGAAAGAGAGGAAAAUAACUUAAAUGGAAGAGAGAAUUCUGAUCUAAGUCUAGUAGUAAGAUAAUGAUGAAGAUAACCAUUAAAAACAAUAAAAUUUGAUUAACCCUCAAAAGAUCUAGUCUCUAAUUGAUAGAGAAAUAUCAUAGUUUGAUUAAAAGUAUAAAUAAAAAAUGGAAGAAUUAGAAAAAGAAAUGAGUGUAUCUAUUAAUGAAAGAGAUGAAAAAAUAGUCUCACUAAUUAAUGAAAAUCAAAAGCUUCUUUAACUAAAUGAAUAGAGAUUGAUCGAAUUAAAAAUACUUAAUCAACAAAUUGAAAUGAGAAAGGAACAAAACAUUAGAGACACUAAAACUAUAGAGGACUUAUAAAAAAAGAUUCAAAUGAUGUUAAGCAAAAAUAUCCAACAAAACAAGGGUAUCCUUAAAAAUUCUUAGCAUUUCUAAUAAAAUACAUCCGAGCGUAGUCUCAUAGAUUCUAUCAGAGAAGAAGAAAGCGAAGAAAGUUAAGAUGUAGAUAGCUAAAAAAAUUAACAAUAGCAUGCUAGCUAGUCUCACGAAGCAAAAAGACUUCAGAGAAAAUUAGAAGAAAAAAGAAGAUAACUCUCAGAUGCUAAGUAAGAAUUAGAAAACCUCAAAGAGAAACUAUUAGACUUUGAAGAGAUAGAAUUUAGACUAACUUCUGAAAAUAGAUAACUUUAAGAGGAGGUUCGUCGCUUAUCCUAACAUAGCGAUGAAAAUAAUAGACUUAAUGAGAUGCUAAAAACUCGUAAAAAUGAAUACACUGAGUUAAAAAAGAGAUUCGAAGCCUUAAGAGCAGAAAGAGAUGAAUUAAUUUAAAAGCUUAAAGAUAGUUAAUUUUAAGAUGGAUCUCCAUCUAAUUAACUAAAUAACUCUAAAUCAUUUAACGUGAAUAGCUUUGAACUAUACAAAGAAAUAGAGUCUAUCAAAAAGGAAAAUCAUGAACUAAAAAAAAUUAAUGAAUAAUGUAUAGUUUAAAUUAAGAAAAAAGAAAAAGAAAUUGACGAAAAGAUGGAGGAGCUAGAUUAAGUUAAAAAUAAAUGCAAUGAGUUAACUGAGUAAAUAAAAACAUCUAACUCUGCUCCAUAGUCUAUUUGUACUAUCUAAGGAUAAGAAGAUUAAAAAGAGCAAAUCUAAAAACCACGUUCUGCAAAUAAUUUAUGA